AUGUGUCUCCCUUUCGGAAGAAGCCAAACUCGCUAUAGCUCUGGCGGCGGUGGAAUGAUGGGUGCUCGCCCAGUCAAGGAAGUUCACCACCAUCACCAUGGCGGAGGUCGCAUGGGUGGAGGCAUGGGAGGCGGCCGCAUGGGAGGUGGCGGUAUGAUGGGAGGAAUGGGAGGCGGACGACGCAUGGGUGGAGGUAUGGGAGGCAUGAUGGGCGGCGGUAGAAGAAUGGGGGGACGACGAUGCUAG